UUUUUAAAUAAUUAUUUAACUAAUUUAUUUAAAGAACAAAAUGAAGGUUUAAAACAACGUGAAUACCUCGAUGAGAAUACUUUUAUGCCUUUAAAAAUUGGAGAUAAAAAAUUUAUUUUGCCACAUCCACAUCAAGAACUUUUAGAAAUUAUUACUCAAUACUGCAUUGGUUUUAUUAAUCAACAAAGUAGUGGACAUCAAGGAGGAACCAGUGGCGGAAAUUUUGGAGAUACCAGCGGUUCAGAGCAAUGA